GUUCCAGGAUUGAGUAAUUUCUUGUCAAUUUUUGGUUAACGACACGAUGAGUUACCAUCAUUCAACUAAGAAAGGUAUUUUUUGCCAUCCAGGGGAACCUAACUGCACUGAGGCUUUUACCGACCCUCAGCAGCAUCUCUCUGCCAGGACAUCUAAACAUCUGCACCUCCCUUUCCACGAACCUACCCAUGGGCCUCACAUUGAGCAUCCUCACCUUUUCCCUACAGUGGAUGUCCCAGACCACGCACACUACAUCAUCGGCUCUGUCAUCCUCAUGGUGGGCAUCACAGGGGUGCUGGGAAAUGCCCUGGUCAUUUAUGUCUUCUGUCGCAGCCGCACCUUGCGCACACCCAGCAACUUGUUUAUAGUGAACCUGGCCAUAGCUGACUUUCUCAUGUCCCUGACCCAGUCACCAGUGUUUUUUGUGGCCAGCCUACACCGCCGAUGGGUUUUUGGAGAGCGUGCCUGCGAGCUCUAUGCCUUUUGCGGUGGCCUCUUUGGCAUCUGCUCCAUGAUGACCCUGACGGCCAUCGCCGCCGACCGAUGCAUGGCCAUCACUCAACCGCUGGCCUCACUCGGCGGGAUGAGUAGGAAGCGGGCUGUUAUGGUGCUGGUGGCUGUGUGGCUGUACUCGCUGGGCUGGAGUCUGCCGCCUUUCUUUGGUUGGAGCGCUUAUGUGCCUGAGGGCCUCCAGACCUCCUGCAGCUGGGACUACAUGACCUUCACGGCACCGGUGCGUGCCUACACCAUCCUCCUCUUCACUUUCGUCUUCUUCAUCCCUCUGGGCGUGAUAGGCGGCUGCUACUUUGCCAUCUUCCGUGCCAUCAGGCGAAUUGGGCGCGAGGUUCAAGGAAUGGACUGUGUUGACAAGGCGUACGAACGCCUUCGCAGUGAGUGGCGCAUGGCCAAGGUAGCGCUGGGGGUUAUAUUGCUUUUUGUGGUGUCUUGGUCACCCUACUCGGCAGUGGCACUGACCGCCACUGCGGGGUAUGCCCAUCUGCUGACCCCUUACAUGAACUCAGUCCCUGCAGUGAUCGCCAAGGCCUCGGCCAUUCACAAUCCAAUCAUCUAUGCCAUCACUCACCCAAAGUAUCGCGCCGCCAUUGGACGGUACGUACCACUCUUACGGUCCUUCCUGCGUGUCAGAGAGAAAGAACUGCGCUCAUCUUUCAGUUCCAGCAACGCUUCCUCACGGCGACCCACUCUCACCAGCCAGUGCUCUCUGGGUGUUGGCAUGGGCGUUGGGGCGUGUGUCAAUGGGCGUUGGGGAAAAAGCCGACUCUCCUCUGUUUCUGACACGGAAUCUUGUUGGACAGAAAGUGAGGCAGACGGCUCCAGCGUCAGCUCACUUCCAUUCAUCCGGCGCGUCUCCACUGAGAUUUCUGCAGAUACGGCCAUCCACAACCAACAGCAAAGUGGGCCUGCUGGACAGAAAGAGGUGUCUGACAGUCUCAGAGUCAGUUACAUCGCUAGCCCGCCUUCAGUUUUUGAUGGUGAUUCAUCUGAUGUUGAGAAUCUAUCUGAUGGCAAGGCUCUCCUGCUUUCUACCAACUAAAAAAAAGAUGUACUGUGAAUGGCAUUUUAGGUUUUUCUUUCACAUAGCCAUGACUUGCUUUUUUGUACACACAAACUGAAAUGGUUUUAAUCAGCUAGUAAUGCAAGGAUGUUUUCUUCAAUACAUGUUUGAAAAAGCACCAGUAUGUAGCUACCAUCAGUGAGUACCAAUAAGAAAAUGUUUCUAAACAAUCUCCCAUAUUGCAUGCUUGUAGUAGAAUUGAAUUGUUGUAAUUUGUAAUUGAACUACAAUCACUUGUUCU